ACGGUUGAACAAAACGAAACGAACCUUCUAUGAGUACUUUUUUAUACCGUGGUCUGCUUCGGUUCUUCGGAAAACAACGUGAAAAUAUCCGAGGAAGUUCUUGAUCUUGUAAUCUGUAAUUAUGUUCGCUGUACGUCUGACUAAUUUUAAUACGUAUGCUUUCGAACAGCGAACAGUACUUCGCGAACGGAACCAUCAGAAAUUUUGUAAAUGACUUGGCAAAACGAGACACUAUUUUUAUAUACAUACCACGUCAACCAGCCUACACGGGAAGAGACACUUUAACAGUGAAAUAUGUGUUCAUCCAGACAUUUAAUAUCGUAAUUCGAUUUAAAAAUGUCAGAGAACAAAGUUGAUAGGGAAGUUGUGCGGAAGCAGUAUACAAACGAUGCGGGCCUCAUCGAUCAAGUUAAAAUCGUUGAUGUAUCUGUUUUUGAUUUCCAUGACACUGAUGUCUGGUUGUACAUACCAUCACAGUAUUCAACAGAGACUUCAAUUCAAAAUUUGUACAUCUGGUUGAAGAAUGAACCAGAGCUAACUUUAUCAGGUAUUAGGAGAUCCAUUGAUACAAGAACGUUUACAAGACCUAAAAAAAGAACUAGUAGGACUAACUUUGAAUCUAUUUUGGAAACUUUAUCUCCACCUUUGUCAAACACAUGGAAAUCUGCAUAUUCAGGUUUUUCAAAUAUCAGAGAAGAUUUGGGUAAACAUUCAGAAGUGCCUACUGCCAAUAAAGAGGAAAUUGUACCUCCUAUGUUAAAAAUGGCACCAAAUGCAACUGCUACUCUUCUUCCUGAUGAAACAAUGACAACCUCGGGGCAAGAAAGUAUGGAAAUUUUCUUAAACAUGUCCCAUUCAAAGGGAAUCGAUUCUUUCAUUAAUUUGGUGGAACCUGGACUCGGUGAUCCACUUAUGAAUGUGUCACAACCUUCGAUUUUUUAUUCAUCUAUAACUUCAUUGCCUAGAGAUGAUUCUUUGCAUAAUACGGGUUAUGAUAAAGAGGAUGGAUCUUCAAAUUCGACUCAUUCCAUCAGCCAGCAAGCUGCUAAACAUGAAGAUGUUGAAAAUUUCAAUUUAAACGAAACGUUUUCAAUGCCUCAUGAACUAGACAAUAAGAGAAGUCUGUCUCCAACGGAUAAAACGUUUAUCAAUAAACCUGAUAAAAUGGAAUUAAAUGGGACUUAUAAAACAGAACCAUUUUCUAGAACACUUACGUUGUUAUGUUCAGAUAAAGAUAAACAUGGUACAAUUAAUUUGUCUUCCACAAUUGUAAAUAGAGAUGUUGAGCAUACAAAAUUAGUACAAUCAGAGAUGGACGGGAAAAAGGAAUCGGGUGCUUUAAAUUUUACAUAUUGUGCAACCGAAAUUAAAGAAGCAGUGCCAGCAGUAAUUAUAAGCAUUACGAAUGAUACACGAAACGAUAAUAGUCAGGCAUGCAGCGCACAGAAAAAUGCUACUCAUAUUUUGGAAAAUUUGGUUGAAUCCACAUUUUCUGUUGGAAAUUCAUCGUCUUCAUUGAUGAAUGAUAACGCUUUGGAUUCUACAUUUAAUGUAUCUAUUAUUCCUGGUAAUCAAUCAACUCCGAAAACUGCAUUAAAUCCUAUUUUUCAAGCAAGUAGUAAGCAUUUAGAACCAUCUCCGAUAUACAAUACAGGCUUGACUUCAACUUUUAAGGCACCUACGUCGCUGAGGAAAGAAUUGUUAGCGGAAAUACACAGAAACGCGGAUCAUAGACUUGAUAGUACAUUCAACUGCGUGACUAAUGAAUUUGACGUUAUAAAGACUGAGAAAGACAAGGUUGACGAGGUCUCUAAUCAAAACGUUAAUGAUAUUCCCGUUCAAAAUAAAUACAACACGUAUAAAAAGGAACCAUCGGUUAAUAGAAUGAAAGUUCGGGCUGAGAUAGCAAACAAUGUUAAAGCAUGUGUUCGAAAUUCGCCGGAAAAGAAGUAUUACACUUUCACGAAAAAAGGUAAUGCUCAUAAUGGAAAGACUGAUAUGGAAAACGCGGGAUCUGUGGAGAACGUGAACGUUACGUUCGUGAAGCCACUUCCAAAACUGCAAAAAGGGAAGCAGCACAUUCCGCGAAUGCUUUCGAAGUUACCACAGUUCCUUCAGAAGUCUAAUCCAAAUCUGGUAUCUAAUUCCUUGCGAACUGUCGGCGUGACAGGAUGUACAAACGCGUCUAGAAUUGGAUAUAUGAAAGGUUCGCAGCCGAACAUUGUAAGGGAUGUUGAGAAAACUAUAGCGAAUAAAUUGUAUACCAUAGGUAAAAUAAAAAGCGGUUCCGAGCAACGACUCUUGGAACUUAAUACGGCCGUAGGGGAUCUCCAAAUGAUGGGUGCUGGAGGAUCUACAGAAAGCAUUGAAAGUACACAAAGUGCUCACAGCGCGCCUGAUCUAGACGACAGGCUUAGUACGUGUUCAGACAGUAGUCAUAAUUCAUAUACUGUGCAGCCACUGAAUAUCGAACGAUUGCAUCAAAUAGUUCGAAUGCAAGAAGAAAGUCUGAAACAAGACUCGACUGCUUCUUUAAGUAGACGAGUCUUGGAAAGCACUUGGACAGAUAUGGAAAAAAAUUUUUCGUCUCCUAUACUAAAAAAUGGUACUGAUGGUUGUGAAAGCGAUUCUUCUUCGUUAACAAGUAUGGAUUUGAAUGUUAAAACAAGCUCUCCAAUAAUAAGUCCCAGUAGGUCUAGUCAGUCCGUAAAUACUGAUGGUCAUCUUAUGGAAAGUGCAGUGAAACAGCAGAAUGAAACAGUCGUAGUGAAGAAUGCUGAAGCGUUUAAUAAACCAGUGUUGAAAGCUGAAAACAAAACAAGAUUGCGACAACCAACGAACUGGAAUACAGGAGGAAAUAGAACUUCAAACAUAAUGAGCGCUAUUCCUAGACCACCGUCGCGCAUACCAGCUCCCAGGUCUGCCAGGCCAACCGUAAAGAAUGCCCAAGGUGAUGUAAAAAGAGGAUACAUGUAAAAAUUUGCAAGAUACUAACAAUCAAA